AUGCAGUCAUUUUUGGGGAGUCUGAACUACUACAGCCGAUUUACCGAAGACUACACGAUCUACGCGUCAGUUCUGUAUGAAUUGCGAGAAAUCGACUUCGCCGCGAUGAUGAAGGACACCAGCCAAGUACGGAUCCAACAAGUGCUAGAAGUGGAGUGUGUGGAUCCAGGAUCACAGGAGGGUCAAGCGAUCGACCAGCAAAAGCAUCUGGAUCCGGAGGCGCAAGAUCUCACUGGAGUGGAUCCACGUUGGAGCCACGCCUAUCGAUCUUUCAGUGUGCUUAAGUCCAAGAUCGCCACUACUUCGAUCUUACGACACUUUGAUUCAGAUCGAAGAGCUACGGUUGUGGUGUAUGUUAGUGACUGGGCCAUCUCAGGAUCUUUGCCGCAGGAAUAUAACAAGAUCUACUACCUUGUGAUGUUUGCGAGCCGUACUUUGAAGUCAAAUGAGCUUAAUUAUGGCAUCGCAGAGAAGGAUGUACUGGCCUUGCUGGGGAUCCUGGAUCUUAACUAUAACGCUUUGAUCGGACCCCUGGCUCUCAAGAUCACCAAGUGUGUCAAAGGUGAAGAUGAGAUCUUGGGAGCACUGGCGGCGAGUAUCACGCCUAGAUCACAGGUGGACAAGGCAUUGAUCUCGAUUGCCCCUAAGAAGGAACCACGGCGCAAGAUCCAGGCUUCGAUCCCCACUAUUGGACGCGACGAGGAUCUAUACGCUGUUAGUUUCGAUGGAUCCGCCCGUGUCAAGAGAGUGACCUUUAACCGGUUGGACGAGAUCCUGGUAGUGAAGAUCGAAGACGAGAUCGCACAGAUAUCCGCCGUAACGACCCGAUCUAAGGCUAGAUCUGGAGUGCGCAUGGGUUCUGAUCCAGAUUCACUGCGUGAGCAAGUUGUGAGAGAGCUGCGGAUCGAGCGGAUCUGGCAGGCUCAGGACGAGGAGUGGAUCUCUGGCCUGAAGAAGUAUUUGGUCAGAAAGAUCCGGGAUCUGACACAAAAGUAUGCUAAGGUGUUUGGAUCUAUUGCCAUGAAUUACGACGUGGGACAGUUGGAUCUACUCUUCUACUACCCGACAACUAAGGAGGCCGCCGCAGAUCGAAACAAGUUGAUGCGCUUGGUGGUGCCUGAGACGCUUCGGCAAGAUAUUUUGCAUCACUAUGCAAGGUGGUCAUCAAGGAAUCGGUCGAACCUACGAUUGGAUCCGCGAUCACUUCCACUGGAGAGGGCUGUAUAA